CGGCGGCGGAGUCUUCCGGCCGGACCGAGGAAGCCUCCCUGGCCAUGGCGCGCAGAAAGGUGCGGCCGCGGCUGAUCGCCGAGCUGGCCCGCCGUGUGCGGGCCCUGCGCGAGCAGCGGGAGCGGCCGCGCGACUCGGUGCGCUACGCCCUGGACUACGAGACGCUGAUACGGCCGCACUCGGGCCGCAAGCUGCCCAUGCGAGCAUGGGUCGACGUGCACCGCGAGAGUCGGCUCCUGCAGCUGCUCGGCCGCCUUCCGUUCUUCGGCCUGGGCCGUCUGGUCACGCGCAAGUCCUGGCUGUGGCAGCACGACGAGCCGUGCUACUGGCGCCUCACGCGCGUCCGGCCGGACUACACGGCGCAGAACCUGGACCACGGGAAGGCCUGGGGCAUCCUGACCUUCAAAGGAAAGACGGAGAGUGAGGCCCGGGAGAUCGAGCAGGUCAUGUACCACGACUGGCGGCUGGUGCCCAAACACGAGGAGGAGGCCUUCACCUCUUUAACGCCGGCGCCAGAGGAGACGCCGUGCCCCGUCCCCUACCCGCCGCUCCUCCGGGCCAUGAUUCUAGCAGAGCGACAGAAAAACGGAGACCCCAGCACGGAUGAGCCCAUGCUCAGCCUGGAGAGGAUACGCACUGAUCCCUGGGACUAUCCUGAGAAUCUGGAGGCGAAGAAAAAGACCAAGGGCACCGCAGUCUAAAGUGCGGGAGCGGACAGGCUGCCCCAAGGGUGCAAGACAGUGGGCACCCCUUUGGGUCACACCUGAAUCAGCCCCCCUGGUAUCUUGGAUCUGACCUCCCCGCCGACUUGUCGAGGAUCUACGUUUUCUUAGAAAGGGUGCGGUCUGCACCUUGUCUCCUCUGUCCCGGCUUCACCAACUCGCAGAUCUGACUGCCAGAAGUGGCUCCUGGGGGCACGCUGGAAGCAGCAGGGCAGCAGGUGUGGAGCCCUGUGCUGGCCUGUCGCUUCCACCUUGGCUCCCCUUCCCACGACCCGGGCAGAAACUGAACGCGAAUAAAGACACAUGAAGUAG